CGCGUUUCUCGGCCAUUUUUGUUGCGUCGACGUCAAGUGUGGCCAGGGGCCUCUCUCUUCGUAGCAGUCAGUCUUCAAGCAUCGUUUGUAUCAGAGUAUAGCGUCAGACGGAUACCGGUAUUACGACCGUUCGGAUCGACGACCGAGUUUCGUUCGCAGAUUGGCGUACAAUAAGUAAGGAAAAGAAAAAUAUAAGAAAACGAGAACGUUGAACUUUUUUGGCACGGUGAGAGAGAUACGACUAGGGGAGAGUGAGCUACACGAGAAUCUACGGCAGAGCUACGAAAACUACGCACCGAGGCGGAGUAAUAUGAGUAAUGCAGCCAACCAGAAUGGAUCAGGUCUAGAGCAGCAGUUAGCUGGUCUGGACUUGCAGGGUUCUCGCCAACCAAGUGGGGGUCGCUACGUUCCACCCCAUCUGCGUAAUAAAUCUGCAAGUAGCGCACCGUCAAGCGGUGAUCAACAUUCCAGUUCCAACUCUAGGCCACUUUAUUCUGAUAGAGACAGAGGUGGAGAUCGGGAUAGAGACCGAGAAAGAGAGAGAGAUAGGGAUAGGGGCAGAGCAGGGCCAGGGUUUAGAGAUUCGCGUAGUGCACGCGACGUCGAUUUUGGAAACUUUGGCAACUUUGGUGGACGUAAUAGACGUACUCCCAAUCAGGAAAAUGGAAGAGAUUAUAGAUAUCCAAAUUCCGACCGUGAUCGCCCGAUUAGUUCCGGCAAUGAUCGGUGGCAGGAGCAACCUAGAAAUGAUCGUUGGCAAGAGAGUAGAAACGAUCACAGAAUGGGGAGCGGUGGCAGUCGCUGGAAGGAUGACAGAGAUGGAGGUAGAGGAGGCAGAAACGAAAUCGAUUGGACGAUUCCCACAACUAGAGACGAGCGAUUGGAGGUGGAAUUAUUUGGUACUGGUAAUACUGGUAUCAAUUUUAGUAAAUACGAGGAUAUACCAGUUGAGGCUACUGGCGAUGAUAUACCACCACACAUCACAUCGUUUGAUGAGGUUAAGCUGACGGAGAUAAUAAAAAACAGCAUUACCUUGGCAGGUUAUGAUAAGCCUACACCAGUUCAAAAAUACGCUAUUCCGAUCAUCAUCGGACGGCGCGAUGUGAUGGCCUGUGCCCAAACAGGGUCUGGUAAAACAGCGGCCUUUUUAGUGCCAAUAUUAAAUCAGAUUUAUGAGAGCGGACCCCAAGCGACACCACCGCAGGGCAGUUCUGGAAGGCGUAAGCAAUAUCCAUUAGGUCUUGUGUUAGCACCAACGAGAGAACUCGCUACACAAAUUUAUGACGAAGCGCGUAAGUUCGCGUACAGAUCGCGUAUGCGACCUGCUGUAGUUUACGGUGGCUCCAAUAUUGUGGAUCAAAUGCGAGAAUUAGAUCGAGGUUGUCAUUUACUUGUCGCGACUCCUGGUCGUCUUGCGGACAUGCUUGGCCGUGGUAAAAUCGGCUUAAACAAUUGCAGAUACUUGGUAUUGGACGAAGCAGAUCGUAUGUUAGACAUGGGUUUCGAGCCUCAGAUAAGAAGAAUCGUUGAAGAGGAUACGAUGCCGCCAACAGGAGAAAGACAAACUCUUAUGUUCUCUGCUACGUUCCCAAAGGAGAUACAGAUAUUAGCCCGAGACUUCUUAAGCAAUUACAUAUUCUUAGCAGUUGGUCGUGUUGGUUCUACAUCUGAAAAUAUUACACAAAAGAUUGUAUGGGUGGAGGAACAGGAUAAACGCUCGUAUCUCCUCGACCUUUUGCAAGCUAGCAGAUUUUCAGAUCCUUCCGCACUGACUUUGGUGUUCGUUGAAACAAAGAAAGGAGCAGACAUGCUCGAAGAAUAUUUACAUACGAUGGGAUAUCCAGUAACCAGCAUUCACGGCGAUAGAACUCAGCGAGAACGAGAAGAUGCGUUGCGUCGAUUCCGUGCUGGAAAAGCGCCAAUACUUGUUGCUACUGCUGUUGCUGCUCGUGGUCUUGACAUCCCUCACGUUAAGCACGUUAUUAAUUUCGAUUUGCCAGGUGACGUUGAGGAGUAUGUUCAUCGUAUCGGUCGUACAGGACGUAUGGGGAACUUAGGUUUAGCAACAUCCUUCUUUAAUAACAAGAAUCAUAAUCUUGUACGAGAAUUGGUAUCUCUACUCGUCGAAGCUAACCAAGAGCUUCCACCUUGGCUCGAAGAUUUGUUUGCGGAAGUACGUUAUUCCAGUGGUUGUUCUCGUCGUCCAGGUAGUACCAAAGGACGUUUCAGCGGUGGUUUCGGUGCUCGUGAUUAUCGUCAGCAACCGAGUGGUGGUUCUACACGCAAUAAUGGUCCUUCCAGUAGACCAGGUAGUUAUGGAGGCGGUUACGGAGGAGGGUAUGGAGGGAAUUAUAAUUCGUCAUACAACAAUACCGCUAACAACAGUAGCGGUAAUGAUCCUGAUUGGUGGGGAGGAUGGGACAAGUCAUAAAUCAUUAUCGCCAUCUCUAUUUCCACUUCUACCAUUAUUAUUCUACACGCAAAUUCAAUUAUAUGUAAGGAAGACACGUACGACAUACACAUCCAAUAUAACGAGCACACGUUACGACGGACGCGUGCGUAUAUUCUCGCGUAUGUUAUAUGCAUAUAUACACAUAUACAUAUAUAUAUAUGUAUAUACGUAUAUAUACAUAUAUACAUAUAUCAAAGGACAGACAGUAUCGCGUAUAAUCCAUUCACGUUUGCUGACUGCCUGUGCACUCCAGUUUCCGAAGGAAAAAAAGAAAAAAAACCCCGAGCAAACUAUGUUGAUUGAAUUCCACUAUUACACACUCCAUAUACACACAUACACACACACAAAUACAUACACAUACUUAUUCGUGCGCGUUCUCGAGUCUUAACAAAUCCUCGGUAGCCGAUAUAAGAAGACUAUAUUUUGUCAUCGGAUAUCAAAGAGAUAAAUGCCGGUGCACACAUAAAUAAUUUCUAGAAAUAAUUAGAAGAAACUCUGAAUGAUCUCGGACGAAGAAAUAUAUAAUAUCAAGAUAUCCGCAACAAGUGUGUAGGAUUUGUUAAGCGCUAGUUAGAAAUCCAGCCAACGUCUCGUUGCUAUUGCGCGUCGACGAAUACAAGUAGUAUCUAAUCACUAAUAAAUCAAAUCGAUUGGUCGUUAAUGCCUGUUCCGAAGGUAACAAUGUAAUACUACAUAGUAGAUGAAGAAACUUAGUAAAAUUUUUUAGAACUCCUGUCGAGACUACGGGGCUCAUUGUAGCUUUAUUAUUUCAAUUCUUUGAAAGAGUGAGAGCGAGAGAGAUUGAGAGAGAUUGAAAGAGAUUGAGAGAGAGAGAGAGAGAGAGAAAGAGAGAAAGAGAAAGAGACAUGAUGAAUGAGGAUAUUUGUCGAUAGAUGCAUAGAGAAUACGAGGAUGAUUGAUCGUUGAGAUACUCUCAAAAUGAAUGAAGGUGAUUCUUCUCAAAGAUCGACUACUCGUAUCAUUUAGUUUCGGUAUACUGGCAUUACUUUCGAUUACCAAAACGUUUAUCUCUGGCGCCCGUGGUACGUCCAGCCAUUAUCGCCAUAUAUUUCAUGACGAUUACUUUAUUAUUUUUCUUUUGAUUGUUUUUUUUUUCUUAUAUGUAUGUAUGAAUAUGUAUGUGUGUGUAGAUAUAUAUAUAUAUAUAUAUACACAUACAUACACAUACAUACAUAUUUCUUUUUAUUUUUUCUUUUCGAACAUAAUACAACUCAGCAACGAAUGGUACUUUGUUGUUUUGCCGUCCCCAGAGACAGACUACGUUGUGCCGGCAAUAUCACGGUUUUAAUCGAAUAAGCCACGUGAAGUUUUUCUGGGAAUCGAGAAAGUCGAGUCCGGAAAAGAAUAAAUAAGUAAAUAAAUAAUAGGGUACGUCUUGAGAUACCUUUAGAAAUCUCAUUUCUAUAAUAUAUAUAUAUAUAUACAUUUUAUCAAAUACCUUCUCGUUAGUUGUGUCUAUGCGCGUAGAGGAGAAGUAUGGAAGAGAUAUUUUGUAAAAUGAUUUUUCAAUCGGUGGAAUCUUUUCUUCUUCUACUUUUUAUUUCUUUUUCUUUUUUUUUUUUCUUUUUUAUUUCUUCUUCCUUUGUAUCCCCUUUUCGUUGUUAUUUUAAACGAAACAAUUAUUCGUGUUUACGCUUCGGUAGGGGAAAUUAAAAAAAUCCCGCUUCCCCUCUAACAAAAAAAAAAAAAAAUAUAAAAAACAUGGUACAUCUAUCGCGUGUGUACAUGAAUUUUAACAUAUUCCUACAAAUCAUUUCUAAACGUAACAAAGACGUUGCCCCAUGAGAAAAAAUUGGUACAGUGUGUUAUACAAAAUGUUAAACUAUAAUAUGAUACUGGUUGCGAGAGAGAGAGAGAGAGAGAGAGAAAGAAUGAGAGGGAGGGAGAGAGAGAAAGAGAGAGAGAGAGAGUGCUUUAUACGAGAAAAAUAAGGAACACUCUAAGGCGGGUAAAAUAAUAAGGUUGCAGUUACAGGGGUGGGGUUUAGAGAUAAAGAUAGAGAUAGAUAGAAAGAAAGAAAGAGAGAGAGCAUACAAAAAUGAAUGCACUGCUGGUUUAGCUGAGCUCGAGAAAAAAAGGAGCAGCAAGCCCCUUAAUUUAAGGAGGCACAAGAGACGCACUCAUAAUACCUAUUUUAUAACUAUAUUUAUCAGUACGAUAACGCGCUAUAUAUAUACAUACUAAGUACUAUUCGUAAAUACAUAACAUUAUAAAAUAAUUGAAAAACGACUGUGAUAUCGAACGAUCUUGUGACAUUCAAUUUCCAAGUGAAUUGAAAGAAAAGAAAAAAAAAUUAAUGUGAGGAAGAGAGAUAGAUAGAAAGAAAGAAAGAGAGAGCGAGCGAGAGAGAGCGAGAGAGAGAGAGAGUGAGAGAGAGAGAGAGAGAGAGAGAGAGAAAGAGUGAGAAAGAGAGAAAGAAAAAGAGAAACCAUUAAUGAAAAUACAAAUAUUAAAUGUAUUAAUUUAUCGGUAUUGAAUGUCGGGAAUGUAUAGCUCGAUAUGUUGUUCGAGCUGUAAAGUUGGAAUAUUAAGUCGUUACACUAAUAACACGAAGAAUAACAAAUGGCUGUUGUCCGAUUGGGGGAGGGCUGAACGCUAGCUCUUGCGGUCCCAAAGAAAGAUGUAUUUUGGGACAUUGUUUCUACUUAAAGUAAAUCGCGCAUUAAUAUGAUAGAUAGUCAAUGACCAGAUGACGCGUGUCGUAUCGUUAUUCAACGUGAAUGACGACAACGACGACGACGAUGACGAUGACGAUGACGAUGACGAUGACGAUGACGACGACGACGACGAUGACGACGACGACAACGUCAAUGACGACGAUAAUGACGAUGACGGAAUAUAAUAUGAUCGUUGGUAGGGCUUUAUAGAUUAUCGAUAUCUUUUGUGCAAACACGUCGGAUUCUUACCUAAUCCAUGUAAGAAAAAGUACAAAUUCGAUUUGCGUGACAACUGACAGGAUUUUUAGACAUGUCAUACUUAUACUUGUUAUAUUAAUAGAUUUAUAUAGUGCAAUCGCGUGCGUGAAUCGUAUGCCGUGUGACCGUGGACCAAGGUGUGAAUGCCUCCAUCGCGAGGGAACGAUGAUUAUUUCAACUAGAACUUUUCACAUAGUCUUUACGAAUAAUUCUUGGCUUCCGACUAUAUAUGGUGCAAGUGGUUUCAAACUUCUCUUAUAAGAUUCGUCUCAUCGAGUGUAACACAUGUGUGUAUCUGUGUAUAUAUAUAUAUAUAUAUAGAUACAUACAUAUAUAUAUAUAUGCACUUAUAUAUACAUAUAUUAUAUUGUCAGUUCGGAUGCCCUGCCAAGAAGAUUUUAAAAGAGGAGAAGAUAAUCCUCGCGUUAAAGAAAAGAAAAAGCGAUCUAUACGUAUAUUAUAUGUCGCUUUAAAAUAAUUUUUGACGACCCAAUGGCGUUGAUUGUUUUGAUUUAGUUUUGUGUCUUUUUCUAUUUUUUCUUUUUUCAUUUUUUCCUUUCUUUAUUUUCUAUUAUAUAUUUCUUUUUCUUAAUUUUAAUAAUCGUAGAUUUUAUCGCUAUCGUUGGAGUUAGCCACUUAAUUAUUUCUUUUUAUCGCUUUUGCAGACGUUAUCACGCAAGGCCGUACGCCCGAUAAAUUCAAUUUUUAAAGAAAAAUAUAACAGUACGUUGUUUUACUUGGCGAGGGAAAGAAUCCCAUUGGAAUUUAUUAUCCUGAAUAUAUGUAACGUAUAUAAAGUACGUAUAUUUGCGUUGAGAGUAUUGGAAAUAUAAAUGAUUCGUAAAAAAUUUAUGUUUAUAUAUUUAUGUGAUUAAUCAGUAAUAUCGAAGAUAAAAAAAGAGAGAGAAAGAUAAAGAUAGAAAAAAAAGUUACGGCUAAACUUUUUGACUGCCAUAUAAAAAAAAAAAAGAUUACGCGCAAGCAAAUCUUCUAAACGUAUUUAUUCUAUAAUAUAU